GAAAUAAGUACCUUGCCUUAAAACUGAUUUCUUGGGAAAUAUUUUCCACCUAUAUAUAACGUUCUGCCCCCACAAUGAAAGUUAUUGUCACCUUUGAAAAAAAAAAAGAUGUCAAAUGGCUCAACUUGCCCCAUCUGUGGGGUAUUUUCUAGGGUAAGUUGAGCCACAAAACUAUGUACGAAAUGUAUGGGGGAAGAACCAGCAUGUCAAUUUUUUAUCUAAUGUCUUUUCACUUGCUAAUUCUCUAUGAAUACUAUAACAUCCUCUAAAAGUAAAAGAACUGUCAUGUGAAUUUGCUCCUUUCUGCCUGCAUAUCGAUGGCUUUUUAAGGAUAUAUAUAAAUAUAUAUACAUUACCAUGGUUCAACUUGCCCCACGUUGGCUGGCUCAAUUUACCCCAGUCCGAACUAUUUGCGAUAUUUUCACAUCCACAAAUUUCUUAUGCAUCCAUCAUGUAAAAGACUAUGACAAUAAUGAGGAUCCAUACCAGGACUAACAAUAUUGUUCUUAUGUCUUAAUUAUAUUUAAAGACGUGUGUGGGUACAAAGCACUUAUCUAUUUCACACCCUUUUUCAACUUACCCCGCCUUCCCCUACAUAAUUAUUAUUACCCCGGCCAAUGGAUCCUGACAAGUUCCAAGACUUAUUUGCUAGGCAUACUACAUACUAGGCUUUCGCAUCCUACCGGGUACCCAUUUAGCACCUGGGUGGAGAGUGGCAAAGUGUAAAUUGACGCCUCGCCAAUGGACGCUUGGCCGCGGUGGGAUUAAAACACACGACCCUCUGAUUACAAGGUCGGAACCGCUACACCACGACGCGUCCACACUGGAAGUAUGCUGGAGUUCAACUAUGAUGGAUGACUUUUUUAAAGGAUACUUUACUGUAGUUUAAAAUACAUUUUGACCGAGGUAAGCUACCAAUUGGUGAAUUUUGAUCCAUCACUCAGUGAAUAUUAAAUGGAUUUGGUUAUUGAUAACUCCCUUAAUCAGGUAUUGCAAUCUAUUACAUAUGUCGCCCUCUCGAGUUCAAGGUUGGCGUGUUCGUCGGCCAGAAUCACAACGGCCAACCAGAAAGCCUGUAUACAAAUUUCGGUAAAGAUUUGCCGAAAUACUGUAAAAUGAACUGCCUUCAUAGCAUAUCAUCAUUGCUGCGAUUUUCAGUGACUUUCCCUUUUUUCCAAUUUCGCUAUUUUAUACUUUGUUUGCAUUGUCUAUUUUAUAAGUGGAAAUUAAGAAAAAUACAAUGCAAAAGAAUACUAUACGAAGCAUAAUCCUAAGCUCAUGCUACAUAAUUAAGGCAUUGUUUCAUUAAAUUAUUUCCAUUGCAGUACACAAUUUCCUCAAAACCCUUUCUCAAUUGAAUUACAACCAUACUUUUCACUAACUUAAAAGAGGGGAGGGUCAAUGCCAUCAUGCCUCAUUUAGUGCCAACCUUUCCCUCACUAAACGUUGAUGAUUUUAAUAUGCCUUAAGAGCCUAAAUGUUUUUAAUCUUGUCAAAAUACUUUCGACGUAAUUCGGUAAUUCCUUUCCAGGUCAGCAUUUUUAAACUCUAAUAUAAUUUUUCUGAUGUUUUUGUGAAUAUUUACUUCGAAAUAUUUUACUAUCAUCACGAUUAUGAAUAUUUCAUUUUAUGCCUCUUGGUGGGUGUAUCAUACAGCUUUUGGUAAGUUUAUACGAGCAACUUAGGGUUGUCUCUUUCCCAGCAAGACUGACCGGAAUCUCAGGAAAUCGCCACCUAUCAUGAUCAUGUUGAUUGUUUCUUUUCACAGGACAAUUGUUCAAUUCGGCUGGGUAGUUGAUUCUACACACGAAGAAGUGUUAAUAUAACAUUUUGAAAUGUUGAUUCUAAUAUUUCAUUGUUUAGACUAAAAUCAAAUCACGCUGAAUAAAGAGACGGUGGGGAAUCUCUCUUUAGCACUUUUCUGAAUAAAAGGUAACUAUGAUGUAAUCGCCGUCAUAAUUGUUCACACACAUUUUAUUCAGUUGCUAUUCCUAAAUACGCGAUUUCAAUAGCUUGAAAAUAAUGUUGUGUUUUGGAUGAUUUUUCUAGUAAAAUACCUUGUGAUAUAAUCACAUUUUUAUUCAUGUACUUCAAAGAAUUCCUAUUUUUUCUUGCAAACAUUUCCAAUUACAUAACAUACUUCAGUGUACUUACUCGUCACCUCGACUUUCCAUGCUUACGAAGUCAAGCUGACACUUGCACGACUUUGGUCACGAUUUUUUCGUGGCAAGUCGUGGGCACGAACUGUGAGGCUCCCGCACUGUUCACGACUAGUUCACGCAUGUUCACGACGAGUUCACGAAUGCGUGCCCAUCAGUGUUUAAAAUAAAACGAACUGUCACGACGAGUUCACGCACAGUUUGCGCAUAGUUUACGUACUUUUCGCAUUGCAUUGACACGACGAGUUACCGCAAUUCAGAUGGUGUCGUGGCGACUUGGACACGCCAUAUAAAAAUGAGGCCUCCCCAACCCCUCGUCAUUUUUUUAUUGGAUGUGGAAG